AUGUCUCCUAACAUGUCUUGUGAAGCUCUCCAGUCUUUUUCUCCAAGGCUAACUGUGGCCAAAAGAAAAGAAGCUCUUGAACUCAGAAAGACAAUCAAACCUUUAAUGGAAAAAAGAAGGCGCGCCCGUAUCAACGACAGCCUGAACCUUUUGAAAAACCUCAUCCUUCCCCUCACAGGCAGAGAUAAGACUCGCUACUCCAAACUGGAGAAAGCUGACAUUCUGGAAAUGACUGUGAGGUUCCUCGGCGACAUCCCCCCUGUUAACACAAAAAACUCCGCAGUCAGUUACAAGGAAGGCUACAAAGCCUGCCUCCAGCGCGUCUCCACGCUGCUUCCAAAAACGAGUCUGGACCAAGACGCGUGUCAGCGGGUCAACGAAUUCGUCCAGCAGUCCAUGUCCGCCACCGUCAGCCCAGCUUGUUUGAGCUGCUGCGCGCAGAGCUCCAGAACCUUCCCUGAGAUGCAACAGAAACUCCAAAGCCUCAAAUCCAGCUUCAGCUCCAAGAUGGAGAGCCAGUCCCGCAGCGGCGCAGCGGCUCCAUGCCGAGCGCAGUCAGCGCCGCAGGCUGUCGGCGAUGCCAUGUGGAGACCUUGGUAGAGUCCCUAAAUCAACCCGGUCUCCCAAACCAUGUACAAAGACUGUAAAGUGUUUCAUAUAGGCAGCAUUUUGAGAUGUAUCAAUUGUACAAAUGCACAGUGAUGCAUAGCCUCGCUACCGUUGAUGAAAAGCCAGAAUUCAUCG